UACCAGCUCUCUUGCGCUGCGCACUGCCGUGCGUUUAACCCAGGCGAGGAGGAGGAGGAGAAAAUUCCCCCAGAUCCGGGCAGGCCCCGCACCCCACAUCCCGUCCUGUUUUGAGAGGAGGAGGGAAGAGAAAUAAACGUGGCAGCGCAUAUAAGGCCAGCGGGGUGGUUGGGCAAGGGUGACCGGAGGGGACGCAGUUUGGAAACAAGCCGGCCCGGCCCGUUCACUCUCACCCUCACUUUGCUGAUACCUCCCCCGACCACCCCUCCACUUUCCCUUCUCCCCCCGCCCCCGGCCGGCCCCCUGUCCUUUGGGGGUGCUGGAAAAUGGGUGUGCCAGCCUCUGGAGGGGAGAUGGCGGGUUUGGCGCUGUCUGGGCUUCACAGGAGGGGGGGGACCCUGAGAGAAUCUGGUAUUAAACCGCUGUGCUAACUCCCAGACUGCUUUCCAGACACCUCCAACCCACACAGCCCUUCACCCCCGUUUAUUCAGUCCUGGAAAAGGAGUUCUGUCUGUCCUUAGGAUGAAGCUUUCACUGAACUGAGGGAAGAGGAAACAGCCCUGAAUCCUUGGAGGUCUGUCUGAAUUUGGGGCCCUGCACAAGUACAAGCCUGGUGGAAAAAAGUUAACUGCUCCUGCUCCCAGCAGGUCCUGCUCGGCUUGCAGCCUGGGGAAAACCUGUGAGCCUGAGUGGAAGUGCCUCGCCCAGACGUGCACACAUCCCGUUUAGGCAAGCCAGCUCCACGCCCUGGAUCAGAGAAUUACUCCAGCUGCACCAUGAGCCGAGUUCGAGAUGCUGGCUGCGUCGCCGCGGGGAUAGUGAUUGGAGCUAGUGCCUGGUACUGUGUCUACAAAUAUGCCAGGGGAAGAAACCAGACAAAGAAGAGAAUGGCCAAGCCCAAGACCAGGGCUGUGGCUGGGACUGGAGCCAGGGCUAGAGCCGGACUAAGGGCCGGAUUCACCAUUGACCUGGGGCCGGGAUUCGGUCCUCCAACCCCAGUCCGCACUCGGGCAGAGGACAGGGCCCAGGAUGAAGCCUCUGCUCUGGACGCAGCUGGAGCUGAGGCAGUGGCCCCAGCUGCAUCCAGUGCUGAGGCUCAGAGUGGGGCCGGAAAUCAGGUCCAGGAGGCAGAAGGGGCAGGGGUUGGGCCUAGGGCCGAACCAGUCGCCGGGGCCACAGCGGCUUCCUCAAUGGCACCACCCCCCGGGGAGGCAGAGGCUUUCGUGGCUGCAGCGGCCCCCACAGUGGCAAGGGCCCCCAAGCUGCCGGAAGCCCCUGGCACAGCAGAGGCUCCCGGGGCGCCCGCGGUGCCUCCCAGGGCGCCAGUGCCUACCGAGGCGGCAGCACCUACAGAGGCUGCGGAGGCUCCUGUACCCGCAACCCCUCCUGCCGCGCCAGUGCCUUCUGGGGCAGCAGUGCCUUCCGGGGCUGCAGAGGCUCCUGGGACUUCAGGAUCCCCCAGAACAGCAGCACCCUCCAAGAAAGCGACCCCCGGGGCUCAUACCGGCGCUAUACCUAAAGCCGGGUCAGCGACUGGAGCUGUACCCAAAGGUGGAGCCAAGGGAACCAGGUCUCGGACUGGGGGCAAGGGCAAGGGCAAGAAAAACAAGGUGGAAGUAGAUGAAUUGGGGCUGGGCUUCCGCCCUGGGGAUGGGGCUGCAGCAGCUGCUGCAGCCUCUGCUAAUGGGGGACAGGCUUUCCUGGCAGAGGUCCCUGAUUCUGAGGAAGGGGAGUCCGGAUGGACUGACACAGAGUCGGAGUCAGACUCUGAGCCUGAAACCCAGCAGAGAGGGAGAGGGAGGAGACCUGUUCCCAUGCAGAAGCGCCCCUUUCCUUAUGAAAUAGAUGAGAUUCUCGGUGUCCGAGACCUCAGGAAAGUCCUUGCUUUGCUUCAGAAAUCGGAUGAUCCUUUCAUCCAACAGGUAGCUUUGCUCACUCUGAGCAACAAUGCCAAUUAUUCAUGCAACCAAGACACAAUUCGCAAAUUGGGAGGCCUCCCAAUUAUUGCAAACAUGAUCAACAAAACUGAUCCCCACAUUAAGGAAAAAGCCUUAAUGGCCAUGAAUAACCUGAGUGAGAACUAUGAAAAUCAGGGCCGACUUCAGGUAUACAUGAAUAAAGUGAUGGAUGAUAUCAUGGCCUCCAAUUUGAACUCAGCAGUACAGGUAGUUGGACUAAAAUUUUUAACAAACAUGACUAUUACCAAUGACUACCAGCACCUGCUUGUCAACUCCAUUGCAAACUUUUUCCGUUUGCUAUCUCAGGGAGGUGGAAAAAUCAAGGUUGAGAUUUUGAAAAUACUUUCGAAUUUUGCUGAAAAUCCAGAUAUGUUAAAAAAACUGCUCAGCACCCAAGUGCCAUCAUCCUUUAGUUCCCUUUAUAAUUCUUAUGUGGAAUCAGAAAUUCUUAUUAAUGCCCUUACUCUGUUUGAGAUCAUCUAUGACAAUCUCAGAGCAGAAGUAUUCAACUACAGAGAAUUCAAUAAAGGUUCCCUUUUUUACUUAUGCACUACAUCUGGAGUGUGCGUUAAGAAAAUUCGAGCCUUAGCCGAUCACCAUGACCUCUUGGUGAAAGUGAAAGUUAUAAAACUAGUGGACAAAUUCUGAUUGGCUAUGUGCUCUCAAAAGACUUGAAGAAAUUUCUUGAUUUUUCAGUCUGGAAGCAAUGAAAAUUGAAAGUUACUGCUUUUCCACUUGUUCAUGUAAUAAAGGGAUCCUUUCAGCUGCCAGUUUUGAAUAAUGUAUCAUC